AUUUUCAAUCUGAUGAAGUUUGACAGCUACACACGCUUUCUGAAGUCACAGCUGUACCAGGAGUGCAUCCUGGCAGAGGUGGAGGGCCGCGCCCUCCCAGAUGCCCAGCAAGUGCCCAGCAGCCCGGCUUCCAAGCACAGCGUCAGCUCUGACCACUCCAGCGCGUCCACCCCCAAAAAGCUAAGUGGGAAAUCAAAAUCGGGAAGAUCCCUGAAUGAGGACGCAGGGGACGAGGACAUCGAGAAGAAGCGCAAAGGGGCCUUCUUCUCCUGGUCCAGGAGCAGGAGCACGGGGCGGUCCCAGAAGAAGAAGGAGCCCGGAGACCAUGUCCAAG